AUGGCUGUUGUAGAGGGAUUCAGGUAUGUUCAUCAUGUGGUUCAACAAAGCGAACCCGACCGAGAAGGGUGGGAAGAGGACAAGCUUCUCAUCAUAUUCAAGCUCUUCAAGAUAAGUAUACGUCGCCGUCACAGUCACGCUCGAAUUCAUUAUCGAGAUAAGAAUCAAAUUGAUGAAAAGGAUAUGUGGGCUAGUUUCUCCGAUUUCAAGCAUCAAGUUUCAGCAUCCAAUCCUAAUAGAAAUACGGAGGUCUAUGAGCAGCAGAUCUGCAGUUAUCUUUCAACUAUGUCCGUGCCGGAAGAUAAACAUCCGGCCAUUAUUCAAAAGUUAUUCCGGGUGGUAGAGGCGGCGGAGACCUCUCAAGUCCCUGUUAUUGUAAAUGUAUGGCACGCCCACGGCAGGAUUGGGCCAUACACCCGGCGAGUAGGUCGUCAAGUUGGACCCAAAUUCACUCCUGCAGCUACAUCCGCAAUCGAGGGUUUGAGGUCACUUGUGCAUUUAAAGGAUUCUGUUUUUCGACAGACGCCCUCGUGUGCUAUUUGCUUGGAGGAUUUUGAUGUUCUUGACCAACAAGAACUCCCCAUUACUGGAUUGCCCUGCCAGCACCAUUUUCAUGUACAUUGCAUUGUUCAGUGCCUGGAGAUCAGCCACCUGUGCCCCCUAUGCCGAUACGCGAUGCCAACACAAGAAGAUUAA